CCUUUUCCAGGUCUCCCCCCAACACUAUGUCACAUUAGCGCACGGAUGCUGCCCCUGCCUUUUCCAUUUGGUACAGAAACAGGACCUUGCAGGCGAGCUACCCAACCCUAUGGCACGGGGGAGGCCCUGGACCGGCGCAGCUCUCCCUCGCUCUCCUCGCCUCCAAUGAGCGUAGCCAGCUUUUGGACACACACACAACAGCACAACAGGGUAAGCAACACGCGCCUCCUUUCUCCGCCGUAGCCCGCGGGAGCACGCGGCUGUGAGAGCCAUGACUUUGAGCUCCGAGAUGUCGGAUGCCUCCGUGCUCUCGGAAGAGACUGACAUCGAUGUGGUGGGCGAGGGCGAAGAUGGGGACAGCCACACGCGCUCCUACGUGGACGAGGUGGCGCAAAUGCAGGACGACAUGCUGCUAUCCGCCUCCCCUCCUUGUGGAGACUCCUCCGGCUCCCGGGACCCCUACAAGCCGGCAAAGAACACCCUGGUGAAGCCCCCGUACUCCUACAUCGCCCUCAUCACAAUGUCCAUCCUGCAGAGCCCCAAGAAGCGGCUGACGCUCAGCGAAAUCUGCGACUUCAUCAGCAACCGCUUCCCCUACUACCGGGAAAAGUUCCCUGCGUGGCAAAACUCCAUCCGCCACAACUUGUCACUGAAUGACUGUUUUGUCAAGAUCCCUCGGGAACCAGGGAACCCCGGAAAGGGCAACUACUGGACGCUGGACCCCGAGUCGGCAGACAUGUUCGACAAUGGGAGCUUUCUCAGGCGUCGCAAACGUUUCAAGCGCCAGCAAGCGCCAGACCUGCUCCGAGACCAUGGUGGGUUUCUCCCCGCUGCUGCUGCGUACGGCUAUGGACCUUAUGGCUGUGGCUACGGGCUCCAACUUCAGUCCUAUCACACACACUCGGCACUCUUCGCUUUCCAACAACAGCAGCAGCAGCAGCAAUCCCGCCACUCUCACGGUGGAACCCUUAUCCCAGCUCCCUCCCUAAUGCCCACCACCACAGAGCUGGCGAGGACCCGAUUCUACCCACCACUCAGUCCCAGCCUCUCAUCUCCCGUACAGACUACAGCAAAGUCGGCGUCCCCGGUCCACCGGUCACCCUUCUCCAUAGAGAGCAUCAUAGGGAGCUCCGUGAGCCCCGCGCACUCGCACUGUGCCUCUCGGACUUCUCCAGUGAUCCCGGUGUUACCUUCCUCUUUAGCGACGCAGCAUUCGCCAAACCCGCCGCCCCCGUUGCCGGGAGUGGUGGUGCAUGGUGGGACAGCACUACACACCGUGGUCGAGAACUUUUCCAACCGGAUUGUCAGCGGCACUAGCGGCUGUUAAUGACUAGUGUUACUGCAAACUUUUAAAGACAAAAUCAAAAACGCCCCAGUGUUAAAGGUAGGAUUAUUUUUGUAUUGUUCUAUCUUCGUUGCCAAACAGCUGAAUGACGGACGCUAACACUACUCGUGCCUAUGUUCACGCUGUGAAAAAAAUAUAUAAAUAUAAAUAUUUAUGUUAACAGUUUAGUGUUCGUCUAAUUUCUACCCCCACGGACUUAUAACGUUAUUAAAAGUGAUACGUUAAUCACUCUAGGGCGCCUCAGGACCAUGACAUUAUUAACAGGCUAUUAAAAUGUCACUUGUUUAAAAACAAUGUAUUUUGUGUCAAAACACCGAUGUUUUUCUAGUUUGGCAAAUUGAAACGUUUAUUCUUGUUUUGAUUUGUUCUUUGUUAUAUAAAAAAGAAGUUGAGAGUCAAAACAAUUUUUAUGCAGUGUGUUUCCGUAAUAAAGCAUUGUACAUUCUUUGGCAAGUAUUGUAUACCUACUCGGAGUGUGAUAUUUUUACACGGUUUGUUUUUCAACAAAAAUAAAUAUUGUUUAACUAAAAUCUAACUGCCUGGAAAGCAUCUUAUUUAGACUGGUUGCAUUAAUUGUUUAGACUACUGCAUACAGCUGAUGAUUGAGUGGGAUAGUAGGCUUGUCGUUAGCCUUUAUCAUUUAAAAGGUGAUGAAGUUUCUGAAAAAUCAACCAUCUUGUUAGCCAAGCUUAUUUGGCUACAGUGAUCGACACAGAUAAUCGAUUAAGAUAUCAGAAAGCAAAUAUGAUGUAAUUGGUGUUGUUGUUGUUGGAUAUUUUUAGUCUUCAGACAUUUCGGAACACAUUUGUGGAUCAAUAUUGAGUUGUGCUUUUGAGCACAGUAGGCCUACUCUGCUACUCUGCUGCAUGGAGUUGGACAUCCAAA